AUGACGUCAUCAUCGGAGGGAGAGAUUCUGCAGGUGGGGCAGGUCAUCCGCGAACGAUGGAAAAUCGUACGUUUUCUCUUGAUUUUCCUCAGGAAAACCAAUGUUUGAUUUAAAAAUGUGAAUAAUCGAAAUGAGUUACUCAAAUUCAUUCUCCGUAAGUCUUUUUUGCCUUGCGUCUCAUCGCAGCUCAAUAUUUUCAUAAAUUUUUCUUUAUUCUCAUUUUUGAGUUUUUGGAAGUUUUUUUUUUGAAUCACAAGAUAUAGAACAUCAAAUUGAUAAAAAAAAACCGCAGUAUGAAAACCUGCAGUUUGUGGAUCCAGAGGGGCAUAAAACUCCAGAAAGCGAAAUUUUCUCACGCUUGCGCAAAGUUCGGCUCUUUUAACAAUGAGGUAAAAGGCCGACAAGAAACUUUGAUACCAUAGUAUUAGAUAAAUUUUUCUUAGAUUGAUGUUUUUCAGAAAUCGAAAAUUGGCGGCGGUGGGUUCGGCGAGAUCUACGAAGCCACCGACGUCCAGAACCACCACGAGCGGGUCGCCAUAAAAGUCGAAUCGAGCAAGGCGACGAAACAAGUGUUGAAGAUGGAGGUCGCCGUCCUCCGACGACUUCAGGGUCCAUCUUUGAACCUUUUUGGGUUUUCGUCCUUCGCGACGUCGUGAAGCGGAGGCUGAUUGAGCCGCGACUUGUUGUCUUCAAAAGACGUCCUUCUUUUUCAGGAAAAAAGCAUGCGUGUAAAUUCUACGGGUGUGGUCGCAACGACAAAUUCAACUAUCUCGUCAUGAGUCUUCAGGGCAAAAAUCUCGCCGAUUUGAGAAGAGAGGUGAUUUGAAUGGAGUUCUUUCUGUGGUUGCGUUGGCAAGUCUAAGCGGAAAAAAAAAAUCAGAAGCUGUCGUUGAUCAAUCGCGAAUAUCAGCUUCUUCUCCUUUUUUAUCGUUUUUUUUUCAAGUUGAGCACGUCACAGUAAAUCAGAAACAGUACUGAAAUUUAAAAAAUACCAAGUUUCAUAGCGUCCUCACUAAAAACUUAUUCCUGGAAGAUAGCUUGAAAGAACUUUUUCUCACAAUAGCACCUGCUAAAAUCAUUGUUCCUAUCGAAACAUUCACUUGGAAGUAUCUUAAAAAAAGAAAGGUUUAUUAAGGCGCCGAAACAGUGCUUCAGUCUCAAUACAGCGGUUCGAGUUGGGGUUCAAAUAUUGAACGGAAUACGGGAAAUCCAUUCAAUCGGUUUUUUGCAUCGUGACGUCAAACCUGUUAGUUCCGAAUCGUCUUCCCUAAUUCUCCACUCAAAAUCUUCAGUCAAAUUUUGCCAUGGGCCGCACAACGCAGACGAUGCGCAACGUCUUCAUGUUGGACUUCGGCCUGGCGCGACAGUACCUCAACGCAAAGGGCGACAUCCGCAGUCCGCGCAGCGCUGCCGGCUUCCGUGGCACCGUCCGCUACGCCGCCGUCACCGCCCACAAGAACAAGGUUCGGCGAGCUCUCAUAUUCUGCUAUGCAGUGGAAAAAGUUCUAAAUUCAAACAAUACAUGGAACGGCUUCUCCAAGGGUUGAAAGAUCGAUGUGAGAAAUAUUUUUCCAGUUUAUUUUCUUUUCAAUUUGUUAGAGUGCCCACAGUACAAACUAUUGCGAGAGAAUUUUUGGAAGUUUCUGAAAACCAUCAGCUUUUCCUUCAAACUCACGUUUUUUUGAAGGUCUGUUCUCAUUUUGUAGAUCGAUUAGAAUGACUUUGUGCGAUUGCUCUCUCGUCCAAAAAAAUUUUUUUUUUCGGCUUCUUUGUUUUGGCUGGGUUUUGUUCAUAAAUAGAGAAAUUUUGCGUUUUUUUUGAAAUCCGCUUUUUCAUUGGAAGGGUGAAGUUAAAGAUUAUAGAACAAAGUAUAAUUAAAAAACAUUGAAAAGAGAAGAACUUUUAAUUUAUCCAUCUUUUUUUUUAUCUUACCUCAUCACUAAGAAUAACUGACGAGAUAAACGCGAGGUCGGUGGCGGUACAUUGACGAACUCGCAAACAUGUCGCUUUUUUCUAGGCGCGAUCUCGCAUUUUUCUAGGCGCGAUCUCGCAUUUUUCUGGGCGCGACCUCGCAUUUACAGUACCGCUCAAAAGUUUAUUAAGUUUUGGUUUUUUGAGGAUAUCUCAGCGAGUACUUAUCCGAUUUAUAUAUAACUUUCAGGGAUAAUGUAAAAAUAUACUUUGAAACAUAUACGGCAUACAAAGACAUGUCCGCAAUCACUGUGACGCGUUUUAAGAAUUUUUUAUUGAAUUCAAUUUUUUUUGUUUUUUAUGCUUUUUAUUUUUUUAUUUAUUUUUUUAUUAAAUUUUUUUAAAAAGUAAUAAUGUUGCCAUAUGAUUUUUUUCAUGUUUUCAGACAUGGGAAGGAUCUCUGGAAAAAAAGGAUUUGACUGAUAACGAAAAAAGAGCCAUCGUUGUGGGUCGUCAAAAUGGACUGACCAUGAUGACGUUGGCAGGAAUGUUCGGCGUGCAUUUCUCAGUUCCUAAAGCGUUGGAAAGCUCAAGAUGGCUCUACUAAGAGCCAACACACUGGCAGACCACGUGUCACUGAUCGUAAUGACGAUAGAAACAUUUUGAAGACGUCUAGAACCGAUCCAAGACUCACCGUCCUUGCGAUCAGACGGGAAGUUUGCUUGAAUUCGCCAUCUCCACCAUCCGUCUCGACCGUGAAACGACGUCUGAAUGCUGCUGAAAUCAUGGGAAGACGUUCAGUGAUGAAACCGCUGAUUUCUGAAAAGAAUCGAGCCGCCAGGGUGAAGUGGGCGAAGGAGCAUCUCAACUAGACCCGUCAAGACUGGAACGAGAUUCUGUGGUUCGACGAAACGGUCCUCCACCAUGUUUCACAGUGGGUAAUUGGUAUUUUGGAUGAUAUCUGGACCCAAUUGGUCUACGAACCCACUGAACUCCGUCACUCCCGAAGAGCAGGAACUUGCUUUCGUCGGACCGCGUCGGAAAUGCACGCCUCUGUCACGCCGAACAUUCCUGCCAACGUCAUCAUGGUCAGUCCAUUUUGACGACCCACAACGAUGGCUCUUUUGUCGUUAUCAGUCAAAUCCUUUUUUCCAGAGAUUCUUCCCAUGUCUGAAAACAUGAAAAAAAUCAUAUGGCAACAUUAUUACUCUUAAAAAAUUUAAUAAAAAUAAAAGCAUAAAAAACAAAAAAAAUUGAAUUCAAUAAAAAAUUCUUAAAACGCGUCACAGUGAUUGCGGACAUGUCUUUGUAUGCCGUAUACACUAAGAAUAACUGCCGAGAUAAACGCGAGACACUGGCGGUACAUUGACGAGCUCGCAAACAUCUCGCAUUUUUUCUCGCGCCGGUUUCGCAUUUGUUUGGGCGCGAGCUCGCAUUUUUCUAGGCGCGAGCUCGCAUUUCUCUCGCAAUUUGAAAAUUUCCGAAAUGCAAGAUAAAUGCGAGAUGGCGCCGAGAAAAAUGCGAGGUCGCGCCGAGAGAAAUGCGGGAUCGCGCCUAGAAAAAAGCGACAUUUUUGCGAGUUAGUCAAUGUACCGCCACCGAGCUCGCAUUUAUCUCGUCAGUUAUUCUUAGUGUAUGUUUCAAAGUAUAUUUUACAUUAUCCCUGAAAGUUAUAUAUAAAUCGGAUAAGUACUCGCUGAGAUAUUCUCAAAAAACCAAAACUUAAUAUACUUUUGAGCGGUACUGUAUCUUGCAUUUCGGAAAUUUUCAAAAUGCGAGAGAAAUGCGAGCUCGCGCCCAGAAAAAUGCGAGACCGGCGCGAGAAAAAAUGCGAGAUGUUUGCGAGCUCGUCAAUGUACCGCCAGCGUCUCGCGUUUAUCUCGGCAGUUAUAUUCUGUUCAGAUUUUGAAUGUCAAGCAGCUAACUCCACCCCCAAGGCUGCAAUAUCUUUCGCGUCAAUGUUUUAUCUACAGAUGACGAUGGCCCUUUAAUAAGGCUGCGUUUUUGACUUCUUUUUCUAUCUUUUAGAUCAAAAAAGAUCAAAAUCUGAACAGACUAUAUUCUUAGUGAUGACUUUUUUAGUCGGUACUUUUCACGGGGAUUUUUUGAUUGAAAAAAAUACCUAUUUGAUCACUUUUAUCUUAUUUUUACCUUUUCUUUCAUUUUUAUAUUGAUUUAUUCGAAAAAAAAACUCCUUAAGCGUUUUUUCUCAGGAAAUGGGACGUCAAGACGAUUUGUGGUCGCUGUUCUACAUGCUCACCGAGUUCUUGCAAGGGCAGCUGCCGUGGCGGAAAAUCAAGGACAAAGACGAGGUUUUGAGGCUGAGACAAAGGGAAGCGAACUGAGAAGUUCAGGUGGGUCGGAUGAAAGAAGACGUCGACAUGGAGGCGCUUCUGGAAGACUGUCCCGCCGAGUUCCAUCUCUUUGCGGCUCAUCUGAAGACUCUCGGCUACCCAGACACUCCUGACUACGACUAUCUCGAAUCUCUUCUCAACCAAGUCAUCGUCAAGUUAGUUACUUCCAAUGGCCCAGCGGGAAAUCAUAGAUCGAAAGUAUCUUCACUUAAACAGGCUUUUUUAGUUCUGUAAACUUCUUUAGCGUUGAGUUCGUUGUUUUCCCGAAGCAAUGAUCGAAGAACUGCUAUUUUUUCUUUCUUAGGAUAGAGUCAUUUCGCGUUGCUUUGAAAUUACAAAAGUUUUUCAUUUUUUUUUUUGAAAUUCUUUUAAAUGGGCUUUUUGUUCAAAUUUUUCACAAGCUAUCACAGGUAGCUGGAGUUCAAAAAAGCUGAAAUAGCCCAAGAAUUCUUGACUCCUGUUCAUUUUCUUCAAUCGAUCUCCAGCGAAUAGUUUAUUUCCUACAUCUGAUACACGAUUACUGUACGGCACAUUCCAAAAUAAAUGAUUUUCUGCUAAAAAUUUAACCUUAUUUAUUAAUUGAAGGAAUGACAUCGCUUGGGAUGAGCCUUACGAUUGGGAGAUGGGCUACGAAAAUCUAUCGGCCCGAAGCAAAGCCAACGGAAAUAUUUCUGCCAGAAUGAAGUCUCACACGACGGCCGUCAUCCGUGACCAGAGGAAUGAGAACAGGUCUCUCCAAAUUCCUCUUUUCCGGUCAAAUAUUCUUCUGGGUUUUUCUAUUCAUGUAUUAAGCAGAGGCCAUCAAUCUUCUUUUUUUCUAGAAUUUGGAUUUUCUGAUAAUCUUUGGGUUUCCACUUUAGAGAAUGAGAAUUGAAUCGAAUUUCAUUUCUCUUGUCCAUUAUAUUCGUUUUGAAAUCUGUUUCAGAGCUCUGGACACACAGGCGCCGAUCACCAUGGGCGAAGACGAAGACGAGCAGACGAAUGGCCAAUGUCCGCACAUCGGACUCACCUUCGAGAGUGCCCACGAGAAGGCCGCCGAGAAGCCGAAAUACAAGCGUCACGAGUUCUUGAAGUUUUUUUCCUUACUUUUUGGCCAUUCACGGCGUAUCGGGUGUCGGAGUUGAAUUGAUAAAUGUGCAAUUUUUUCGGUGGGAAUCAAACAGGUGUUUUGACAUUGACCUUUUUUCUAAUUGCCUCUCAGUUCUCAGUGAGCCUCAUGGUGCGGCCUACUUCAGUAAAUUUUCAAAUUUUUUUUUUGCGCGCAAAAGGCUGGGAUCUAGCCGACGUGUGAUACGAAAAUACUAAAAAAAAGGCUUUAUGGUUGACUAUUUUUUUUACAACUUUUUUUAUUUGAAAUGAGAUCAAAUUUUGUUUUCAUACAUUCUUUUGUGACAACUUGAAUCGAAUCUCAUUUGUAGUAUGUAAAAAGAUUCCGAAUAAAAUUUUUCUUCGUUUUAAAUAUACGACUCUUCUAUAAAAUGAUAAUUUGACUUCAUUAUAAAGGUUAUAGUAUAACCUAUCAGUCACGUUUAAGAAAUCAUUUAUUGUGAAGAAACUUUCAAAGCUCCUAGACCGAAGUAUGGAACUGUGAACUUGGACGUCAUCGAUGCCGUGAACGCCCGUUUUGCAGCUUGUGACGAAGACGCCAAGCAGGACUCUAACAACGUUGAAGUGCGUUGUUCUAAAACUAGAAUUUCUCGAAAUGAAGACGUUCAGGCCAAUUUUCAACUUCCCUCGUCGAUCUUGAGAAACCAGGCCGUGGCGGAGUCGUCCCUCUCCAUCAAAAGACCGCGACAGCCGUCCAACGCUCCUCCGAACCCAGACAAGACCCGAAGCAACAGGUCGAUUACGGUAACAAAGCUGCAUCCGGCCUUGAACAGAAAGAAUCUUGCAGUUGUCCAUCAACAAUCGGUAUCCCAAAGCGAAAACGAACAAGAUCUCUUCGCUCAACACUGUCGAUACUCAGGCUCAAAUGGACGACGUUUCAAAUAACGCGAGGACGGCUCAAACAAUCCUCAGUCGCUGGCAAGGUUCGUAAUAAACGUGAGAAGUUGAAAGGUUGUGCAACUCUAGAAAUUAUUCAUUACUCAGGUAGGUCCGUGUCAAUAGCAGUUUCACUGAAAAUAAAAAAGCUCAGAUUUUCUAAGAUUUGGUUUAAAUUUAAGCUGAUGCGAAAGACUUUUUGCCGAAGUUUAGCACUGGCGAAGUCGUGCUCAUUAUUCAAUUAGUAGAUCAUUAUUCAAUUAGGCUCUCAUAUUAAUCCGAGUUUAUUGGGUCGAAUCUACCUAGUUACAGGAUCGUUUGACGCUUCUUGCGAUGACGUGGGAGAUGGAAUGGAUGACCCGCCUAUUGAACGACAGCAGAGACUUGCUCCUUACGGUACAUUUAUUUCCAUUCACGAAUCUAUUCGACCGAAAUUCAGGACACAAAACGUCUCUUCUCUCUACGCCUCGCUCUCUCGAUUCAAACAACACUUCGCCAGGCGGAUCGCCGUCUUCUCCCAUGAACCCCCGAGCUUCUCCUUUGGCUGGUCGGAGUGCAGGCUUCUUCUGGCAACUUCAUGAAGGAAUAUUUCAGCGAGAAGAGCGUCCAGGUCUGAGAAGGAGAGGCCGUCGAUGCAUCGGACGGCGAGUUGUGGAGCGCCUCAACCGUCGAGCAUCAUCAGCCACUUCAAGGGCCUCAUAAACGUAAGUCCAAUUUUCCGUAUUUGUCCGUUGCAGUUUCUUUUUUCAAUUCUCCUGCUUUGAAGAGUGGUUAUUUUGGAGUUGUAUCAAGCUUGAUAAGGGCGAGUCAUGUCAUGUACUUAGUUUCGACUUUAGUUACAUAACUUUCAAUAAAGCUUUUGUGAAAUUUUGAAAAAUUCAUUAACGGUGUGGUAUAUUUUGAUCAUAGGACUAUGCGACUAUCAUUUAUAAAGGUCCUAUUCACUUUUGAACAUCAUCGAAGAUUUCUUCUCAAAGAAAUUCUUUGAAGGGUGUUUUUAGAACUUUGAAAAACUUCAGGAGCUCCACCAAGAAGAUCCGAAACUGUUCAAUCAAGUUUUUUUAGAGUUGUCGAAGGAAAUCGUUUUUUGAAGAAAACCAAAUUGACUUGAAAGAGGCAAAAAAGCAGAAAUGAAUGAACGAAAAGUGCUUUCAGUCGUUCAACAACUUUGGAGUGGGCAACCGAAUCUCGAGGACGACCUCCAUAGAUGAAACGGCGGCGCGGCAGUCGAGUCCGUCGCAGCGGCCAGACUUCGACUACGGGAUGCGACAUUCGUCGUCGAUGCACACGCGAGACCCGCGGAUCCCGACCCAACGCAUCACGGCCACUUUCAACACGCCCAACGACACGAAUGAAGAGCGCGAGAAACGUCGCGAACGACGUCUCAGGCGUCGCAGCGUCGAAAGCAACCUUCGGGUUUGUCCUCAAUUCUUCUCGUUUUUUCGGAUUUUUCGCAUCUGAAAUGGAAUAUUUUCAAUUAUUUUAUAUCUCAGGUACCACAAUUGGAAGAAUUUUUUUGCCUUCUUUCAAAAAAUGUUCAUCGCUUCAUAGUCCAAAAAAAUAUUUCUUAAAUUGAAUUUAAAAAAAUUAACUUUAUAUAUGUAUUAGCUGACAAAAAUAAUUGGGAUCUCAAUUCCGUUUUCUCGAUCCCUUCUUGACGAUUCUUCUUCAGGCUGAGCUCGAGACUCCGCCGCAGUCGGUCAGGUCGCCGGUCGUCGUUCAGAAGGCCGUAGUCCAUGCUCCUGUGUCCGGCGUCGCCAAAAUCCGCGACAACGGCGUCGAUGAGAAUUUCCGCAUUCCUCUCGAAGACAACAACAAGCCCCUUCUCUUUUACAAGUUUGUCUUUUGACUCUUUCCCAUUUUUUUUUUUAGUUUCCAUUUAUCAUUAUUAUGAAAGUUCACUGAACAAGUAAGAAGCACAGUUUUGAAAAACUACGAAAAAUUAUGUCUCAGCAACAUAAGCAGUGUAGCUCAUAAAAAUGCUCGUUCAGUCAAAGAUCCACAUUGACAAUUUUGAAAUUGAUCUACUGAGUUUCUAUUUUUCAAAUUCAAUUUUUAAAAGUUUCAUAGUUUCCACAAUUUUUCUCUGCUCAGUUUGAAGUACAAUGAGUUUUCAGACGGAAGCGGUACCAGUUUUUGAACUUUCCGCGAGCAUCGUCCAAGUCAUGA